UCACAUUCUAAAAUAAAACGUCUUCCAACAAAAGCAUGUUAUUUCCUACUCGCAAAACUGCUCUCCAAGCGCCCCAAGUGCACGUUCGAAAAGACUUCGGCGCUGAUCGCCGGCCAAACCUGGAAAUGUUGUCAUCAUCUCACCUUCACCGAUACACAGAAUAUCUCCUCGCGUCCUUCGGCGAACUCGAAAAAGAAAACACUAUCGAAGCUGUGGUCAGCAAUCGCAAGCGAUUCCUUUUAGUGUAUACCGACAUGCGAAGAGAGGCGACUCUGUAUCUAGACGGGGAUGGCAUCUCAUUACUGCGAGUGGCCCAGAGUCUGAACAUGGAACACCGAACAGUAUGUCUGAGAAUGCUUGCGAAACUGAAAAACGCGCCUAAUCCUAGCCUCGAAAGCAUGCCAUGCGAGAUACCUGCUCAGAGUGGCACGAACGACUUGGACCUCCAAUCGACAAACAAUCCCCGAGUCCGACGCGAGCUCAAACUGCACUACACCAAUAUUCUCAAGAAAUGGAUCGACGACCAUGCGGCCCAUCCAUUUCCUAGCAAAAAGGAGAAGUCUGAACUUUGCAAGGAAGCAUCUAUCACUGAGCGACAACUAAAUAACUGGUUCACAAACUACCGCCGUAGACAUCGUCCCCAAGAAUAAAUACUGUUUGGAUUGUUUUCAU